UCUCUAGUAGAAGUAGAAGACAGCAAGUAGAGUAAGUCAUGGAGAAUGGCGUUGGAUCAUCAAGAAUCAACCGAUGUUUGAUUGAGAGAGAGCGAAGGCGGAACAUGAAAACUCUCUAUGCCAACCUAUUUGCUCUCCUUCCUCCCCAACCAAGCAAGAUGUCGGUUCCUGAGCUGGUGGACCAAGCUACCGCGUAUGUCAAGCACUUGCAAAAGAAACUGGAGAAAUACAAGCAAAUGAAGGUGCAAUUGGAAGACAAGCGUGCAACAGCUUAUACAAUUAGACCUCCAGUUCUUAAUAUAAGAGAUUUGGGUUCCAAUUUGGAAGUACAUUUGAUCACAGGGUUGAAUAUGGAGUUUGCAUUAUCUGAUUUUAUCAGUAUUCUUCAGGAAGAAGGAGCUGAAAUUGUAAGUGCAACUUGCCAUCAUACAGGAGAUAGGGCAAUCUAUACAAUUCUUUCUCAGGCUAUCUAUCCUAGAAUUGGCAUUGCAACUUCAAGCGUGCAUGAGAGGUUGACGAGUCUAAUAUGUUGAAAAAGUAGCGCGUUACAGCUGUAAAUUAGAGGUGCAAGUGCCAUUUAGCAUGGCUUAUAUGAUUUGGUUACGUUCAGUGUCCUAAUCAUAGUGUUAUUCUCUUGUAUGAAAGGGAAAAGAAAAUGCACCCAUGUACUUGUCGGAGUAUCUCAAUGAACAAUGUUUUCCCCUUUU